AAAACAAUGAGUGGUAACAAUAACGGAGAGACGGAAUUAAUCGGAACCUGCUGAUGACCAUGCUAACCGUCCGUCCGUGCUACAGAAAUACACAUUUCUCAUGUUCAUCUUAUUCUAUUCUGAGAACAUGAACCGUACAAACAAAGUGACCAACAAGGCGACGAUGAUGAGGACAACCGAGUACGUGUAGCACACACGGAGCUGACUUGUGGGCCAGUCAGUAUUUGUCUUUGAUGUGGUGGUGGUGCGACAAAAUAAUAACGUGCGAAUGUGUGGGAGGGCGUUAAGUGGAAAAAUGUUUAAUCCGUGGGUUCGUUCUGGCAUUAUGCUCACUUUCUGAAUGGACACUUGCCCCAAAAUUUGUUCACUCGCCCCUCAUCCAUCGCGGUGGUGAAAGUCGGAGUAGUUGUAUCUGAUUCAGCGUCUGGUUUGUCUGGCACGGUGCUCCUCUUGCAUGGUUCGUGGUGGUCGUGGUCGUGGAGGGAAUGCAGCUCAAACACACUAAAUCUUCUCUCUCACCUCACACUCAACUCACUCACCUUUCCUCAUCCCAUCACAACGCAUCAACCAAGGGUCGGGGGAGAGAGAAAGCGGCUACAACCCUGCGUCUCCUCUUUCACAAUCCCAGCUAAUUCACUCGCAAGUGUGUCUUCUCCUAACUAACUGACUGACUUACUCCUCGCCUCUGGCUUCCCAGACUCAAGUUGGUUUCCAUUCAGUAAUAAAUAAAUAAUUACAAAAAAUCAUACUCUGAUUUAAAGUAUAAAUCGUACAAUGAGAAGACUUGUAAAAAGAUAAGAUCAAAGUGAGACAAUUUCAGCAGGAGGGAAUCUGCAUGCACGCUAGCUGUCAUGUGUGCCGUGGUUUUCUUGUGGAAUUAUCGAGUGAGCAUGGAAUAAUAGUAAAAAUCAGAGCAACGAGUACCACUACAGUCUCGCACACAUACUUGAACCCCCACUUUCCGUCGAAAUAUCACUUUCCUCCACUUUCACAACCGUGUCUCUUGGUUGCGAGUGAAUAAUAAGGACUCGACUCAAGUAGUGUUCACUUUCUCGCCUUCUUCCCCAUAUCGCCUGGCCUGUUCAUUCACACAAAACUUGAUUCAUUUGAAGAAGGAAGGAACGUUCUGGGGAUUUGUUGACACUUUCGCCCGGUUUCUCAUUUUCCCAGUCCGUUCACAAUCUUUGUGUUCAAUACGUGUAUCAAUGAGCUAUCAAAAUCACUGUCAAUUUCAACAGCAGCCAAUCCUAACUACUAAUUAAUUACAGAAAUAUCAUCAAGUCCUGGACAAUGGGGUCCAUCAGUAGUAAAGCGUGAGUCACAUUCGGAGUCCACAAUAGUUUCCGCCUGGGAGAAGAUAAUGCAAUUAACGACACUGCAUACAUUUGUCACCUUUUUUCUGUCCAGAGUUGUUGUCCAGUGCACAAUAAGUACGCAAUAGUUCCUCCUGCUCCCCUUCCUUCGCUGCCGAGGUGAAGGGGAUGAGGGGAAGCGAAUCUGAUUUCCUGGACGAGAUUCAUCAGUUAGCUGGGCAGGCUGGUAAUGUGGAUGCUGAAAAGACAAGUGAAAGUUGAACGAAUUUCGCCAUGACGUGAGACAUUUGUUGAGAAAUCGUCAUCAGAGUUGGACCGUUUCUUGAGAUGAAAAUAUCUUAAGUGUGAACAGAACGGUUGAAUGUUUUGCUCCGGAGUGACUUUCAGCUGUGUGCGUGGGAUUAAUAAUGAUCGACGUUUUUGGGUGCAUAAAAGCAUUGGUUAAGCUUGAGAGUAUUUGCAUCGACAAUAUCGUAUUUCGGUUGCACUACAAAAUAACCGUGAUCUUACUCAUAACGUUUUCCUUGCUGGUUAACUCAAGACAAUAUUUUGGUGACCCCAUUGAUUGCACAUCGACUAAGGAGCUGGAGAGAGUGAUUGACACGCUACAUCACAUCGGGUACCACUGGAGACCUUAUAUCACUGUGGGUCAGGCUGGAGAUCAACAAGGUUUGGAAGUGCCCUUUCCUGGAGUUCGACCGAAGUUCCCCGGUGACACAGAAAACUAUCAGCGUUACUAUCAAUGGGUCGGCUUCUACAUCUUUUUCCAAGCAUGCACCUUCUUCUUGCCGCGCUACGUGUGGCGCUACUGCUGGGAGGACGGGCGCAUGAAAGCGCUGGUGGCGAAUUUGACGUCUCCCAUCCACACGGACUUUGAGCUGGUUCGGAUGAGGCAGCGGAUCAUUAUCGACUACUUGUACUCGAACGUGGGGACUCACCAAGCCUAUGCCUUCAAGUUUUUCUUCUGUGAAGUGUUGAACUUUCUAAACGUAAUUUUUCAAAUACUCUUGACCGACGCGUUCCUCGGAUAUCAGUUCACGACUUAUGGCUUCGAAGUAAUGACUCAUUUAAGGAUGAGUGAAGAGCCUCCAGAAAAACGGACUGAUCCAAUGUCACGGAUUUUUCCUAAAGUCGCUCAAUGUACGUUCACGACUUUUGGCCAUGCCGGCUCGAAGAACACUUACUCUGCCAUUUGCAUCCUGAGUAUUAACAUUCUCAACGAGAAGAUUUUUAUCGUUGUAUGGUUCUGGUAUUUAAUCCUGGCUGUCAUAACAGGAAGCGGCCUGAUCUUCCGUAUCCUAACAAUAGCCUGUCCUCCUCUUCGAGUCUGGCUGCUGACAAGGAAAUCUCGUGCAGUAGAAUCCUUUGUGUUCACAAAGUUAGCGAACGAACUCAACAUAGGAGACUGGUUUAUCCUCUACCAGGUGGGCAAGAAUUUAGACGAACUUGUAUUCGGAGAGCUGCUGAAAGGACUAGCCCACCGAUUUGGAUCUUUACGGAAAACCAGCGUUUGAUGGUGGGCCCCAGAUAAGUCCUGAUUUCAUGCAAUACAUUUACUAUUAUUAUUCUUAUAACUAAUUAAGUACGUAAAUAAGUAGAGUACAUUCUUAACAUUUUCAACCAAUACUGUACCAAGUGACGACAUAUACUAUGUAAUAGAAUGGUAAAUAUUAUGACAAGACAGAGCCCUUCUACAUUUGUGCAGGCAGUUAUCAGUUCAUGUUAGUCCUUCUGAACCACUUUUUCCGUAUUAUUGUGUUACAUAUAUUCGUGACAUGAUCAACUAUUUAUGUAGAUUACGAUCAAAUGUCUCUUCUCAAACUUUCACUUUUUUCUUUAGCUUACUCUACUUUUUUAGAAACCAAUAAUUGUGCAAUUGGCUUACUUGGUCUUUAUUUGUAUUUAUAGAGUACAAACAAAAAGUACACUAGGGUCAGGAAAUUGUGCAUUUUAUAAAAAUGUGUUAGAGAUAUUGUAGCGUAAUGUAAUAACCCAAUGACUUAUAUUUUUUCAUACGAAUCGUCAGUUCCACUUUGUUCAUCCAAUAAGCCAACUAGUUAACAUUAAUGUGGUCAUUCUAAUUGUAGUUUAAAACACCUUUUUCCCCUGUGUAAAAUUACGAAGGAUUGAAACAGAGGCGAGAUAUCUACUGUUUCAUAGACGAUAAGUGUAUCUAUCAACACGGUGGCCGUUUGUGGGCACCUCGAGUCCGUGGAAUUACUAUUCUCGACCAGGCGACACUGGUAAAAAUAUUAGUCCCGUGCUCAAAAUAAGGAGAGGACGGGAAUAAUCCAGGGUGAAAGUGAUUCUGAUUCAACUCCCAACCCCACCACACACUUCUUCUCGUAUACUUCUGCUGCCGAACUGUUAUUUAUAGUGUUAGAUAAGUAAAAGUAAAGCUACAAUAACUGCCGACCCACCACCACCACCACCGCCGCCACGUAAAACUGACCGCCGCUUGUUCGCAGACUUCCAUUAUUCCCACUAUGUGUUACGAAAGAGGGGAAAUGGUCGGAAGGCUCUCAUGGUGAAACGACUUUUAGCUCACUUUAUUGUCCUCCCGAGUGAAAAGCUUUGUCCAGCAUGGCAAUUUUUAUCUGAAUUGUAAAAUCCCGCUAAAAUUUUUUCAUAUGGUCAAAAAUUACCAAUAACUUUUUAAUGUUCAAUUUUUAAAGCCGAUUCAAUAAUUUUGCAAUAAAAAAUAUUUUAUUGCGUUCUCAUACGAUUUUUUUGUGCUGCUUGGAAUGAGUGCAUUUAUGUAUUUAGAGAGAAUUUUGACCAAUUCCCUUCGGAAGCAAGCAACUCUCGUCAGUCAGUCAGUCAAGUCAACGAAAUUUCUGUAAUAACAAAGGAAACCAAUAAUAAUCUACGCAUUAUAAUUACGCUGCUGGUUGGGUGCUUUUGAGGUAUAUAAAAGUGAACGAUUUGAAUAAGUAAUAAACUUGGCUAUCUUCCAAUACAUAGAGCGAAAAAUA